GGAAGCAGGGGAGACGGUUGUAGGGCUCUUGCUUGUGCCCGAGCCCGUGCGGCCUGAGGGGCGCGGAGACUCGGGGAGGGAGACGGCAGCAGCAUGGCGGCCGGGUAUGAGCCGCCCAACCCUCCUCUUCCCCGCUGUCGCCGCCGUCGCCGCCGGAGUCGCUGGGACCUUUUAGUCUGCGCGUGUUAGUUGUAAGCCCGCUGCCCGCCCGUCAGCCCUCCGGUCCACCCGCCCUCCUUCCUUUCUCUGCCGCUGGCAGCCCGAGGGUCGGGCGGGCCGGAUAACUCCCACUCCCACCCCACCCACAAGCCCCAGGGCCGGGACCAUGGAGGACGUGAAGCUGGAGUUUCCUUCACUCCCUCAAUGCAAAGAAGACGCCGAGGAAUGGACCUACCCUAUGAGACGAGAGAUGCAGGAAAUUUUACCUGGACUGUUUCUAGGACCAUAUUCUUCUGCUAUGAAAAGCAAGCUACCUAUACUACAGAAAUAUGGAAUAACCCAUAUAAUAUGCAUAAGACAAAAUAUUGAAGCAAACUUUGUUAAACCAAACUUUCAACAAUUAUUUAGAUAUUUAGUCUUGGACAUUGCAGAUAAUCCAGUUGAAAAUAUAAUACGUUAUUUUCCCAUGACUAAAGAAUUUAUUGAUGGAAGCUUACAAACUGGAGGAAAAGUUCUUGUCCAUGGAAAUGCAGGGAUCUCCAGGAGUGCUGCCUUUGUUAUUGCGUACAUUAUGGAAACAUUUGGAAUGAAGUACAGAGAUGCAUUUGCUUAUGUUCAAGAAAGAAGAUUUUGUAUUAAUCCUAAUGCUGGAUUUGUCCAUCAACUUCAGGAAUAUGAAGCCAUCUAUCUAGCAAAAUUAACAAUACAGAUGAUGUCACCACUGCAGAUAGAAAGGUCGUUAUCUGUUCAUUCUGGACCUACAGGCAGUUUGAAGAGAACACAUGAAGAAGAAGAGGAUUUUGGAAACAUGCAAGUAGCGACUGCACAGAAUGGCUGACUCAAGAGCAACAUUAUAGAGGAUGUGAAUUUCUAUUUGGGAAGGAGAAAAUACUAGAGUCAAUAAUAAUGUAAAGUGGUAAAAACACAAGUCUUUUUUUUUUUUUUUUCCAAUUUCAUGUUGCUUCCAGGUGUGUUUCUCUGCAACUUGUUGAGCAACAUUUUAAAAAGAUGUUGGACUUCUGCAAUAGAUGGCACUGGUUUUACUCCUUUUUUUCUUUUCCUUUCCUUUUUCUUUUCUUUCUUUCUUUCUUUCUUUCUUUCUUUCUUUCUUUCUUUCUUUCUUUCUUUCUUUCUUUUUUCACUUUACAGUUUUAUUAUAAACAAGAAUUUUGGACUUGCAAAGAGGUAUUAUUGCAAUAAUGCACUUUUCAUACUUGAAAUUUAUUUGUAUGAUAUAAAGUUAUUACUUUAAACAAAAUGCAAUUUAGGGGGGAUUUGUUUAUAAAAUCUGGGUAAUUUAUAACAAGAAUUUCCUAAAGUUUGCUAAAAAUUCAUUUUGUGUUCUAUAUAUUACAUUUAAAAAAUAAUUUUACAGUUGAAUUUUAUGAUGGAACCUCUUAUGGAAACAUUAACAUGCAGGAAUCUGCCACAUUUUUGUUUUAGUAUAACUCAAUAGCUUCAUUACCCUUUUAUUUUUUUAAACUUAAUCCAUUAUUAAUCUUUGAUUCAUGACAUUAGCUAACUCUUCUUACUUUAACAUCCAAGUAUUGCUUCCAUUCGUCUUAUCUUCCUAAUUUGUUUAUUCUAUAGAAAAAAAAGUUUAAUGAACAAAGGACGAUGUUUUGCUUGGUAAUACCAGAUACUCAAAAAACAAGGAGUUUUAGACUUUCAAGUGACUUCCUUUUUUCCUUAAAAGCCAAAUGUUGUUUGUUCCUUUUUAGAGUUGUUUAGCCCAUUUUUCCUUUGUCCAAAAUAGUUCUAAGUAGAAUAUAUUAACUAAUGUAGCACUAUUUUUUUUUCUAAAUGAAGCCCAAAAAAGAAAAGUGCCUUGCAUCAAUAAAGAAAAUAAAAACAACAAAAAAACAAAUCUUCAUGACCUUUAAAUUAGUAUGUAGAACAGUACAAAGUUUAAACAUUUUUCUGUAAUUUCUUUUUUUAACUAUAAAUUGGUUAAGACAGAGUCUGAGGCUUAAAGAAACCUCAGUAAAUUAUUUGGAAUAUGGAACAUUUUACUCCUUCAUUUUAUGUUGUUUUAAUGAUUCUAUGAGGUUGUUCUGGCUCAGGCAGCAGCUUUUCUUUGAAGAUGCAUUUAUUGGGGAAAGUGGUUUGUGGGAAACUUCACUGUAUUUAGUGUUUUAAUUCUUUACAUUGAGUUAAUCCAAAUGUCCCCCAUAAUUUGCAUUAACAAAGUCACUUUAUGGAUCCUUAAUUCUCCAUAUUUUUAUUUAUACAUAUAACAAUUGUUCUAAGAAAAACAUUUUUUCUAUUUUAAGUAUGCCAUGAGGGAGGAGAGGAGUGUUUUUAACUUUUUAUAGUUGAUUUAGGGUAGCACAAACAAAACUCCUUUAUAUCUCACUUUUCUCAGUCCUCUCUUGAGGUGCUUUUUUGAGGGGAAUGAUUUACAUACAUUCCCUUGGUACCAAUAGGUACUAUGCAAGGUAACCCAUUACACCAAGUUACUUGCUUUGCUUUCCUCCCUACAAUGUAAUAUAAUACCAUAAGAGCUUUUUUCAAUCCAGCAUAGCAGGAAAGUGGAAAUUAAAAUGGAGUCAAUUCCUGUUGACCCAGAUGGUAUUCCUUUUCUGAUUCCCUUCCUUUCCCCCAUUUUACUAUCCUGACAACAGCCUAUUAUUAAUCCCAUUGUGAUCCUGUAUUCUGUUGUGUGAUUAGGUCAUUUGGUGUGGUAGUUUAGUACAGUCAAGAUUUGCAUUGUGUUCAGAAAUUCCACUUGGCAAAGUGCCAGAUAACACAGCUUUCCUGUAUGUAGAUCACUAUAUAGGUCAGCAAAGAUCUCUCUUGCAAUCCAAUAAUCUAUGAUACUCCUUUAUUCAGCAGCAACUCUGCUUAAAAGAAUCUUCGUUAUAGUACAUUUAGGUUUUAAAAUGAGGGAGUUAAGAUUUUUAAAAUUAGUUUCUUAAAGAGACAUAUCCUCUCUAGUACUUGGGCCAAAAAUACAGAUUUGGUCAUUAAUUUAAAGCUGGUAAUUUUCCACUUUUUCUAACCACUGUAAUUUUUAUGUUGUCACUAAAGUGCCUGCCCAGCACUGUAUAUUAAAGACUGUCUCUUGAACACUAGGAAAAGGGACUAUCAUCUUCUUGAGUACAGUACUAAUGGGGACAAAACAUGAAGUUUAUUCUUUCAUGUAAGCACCCCAAGUUUGUUUUACCCUGGAUCCAUUUUUACACCUAAUGUUCAACUAGUUCUAGCUCUUCUAGUCUUCUAUUUGGUUCCAUUUCUGGAAUUCCGUUAUUUCUGUGGAUAUUUUGUGAUAAUUACCUAUAAUACAAUUAACCAAUCAUGAUUUAUUUUCUACAAUAUUUGAAUAAUGUAUGAGUGUAGCACCCAAUUUUAAAUAUGUAAUCUGGGCAAGGAUUUAAAACAAAUUGCAGCAAAAACAGGAAAACUGCUUUACUGUCCACUUUAAAAGUAUGAAGCAAAUAUUGAAAAUAUUCAAACUGGAAUGGCAGUAUUCUUACCUUAUUCGUUUGUGUUAAUUUCAUACUCAUUGGGUGUUUAAACAGCAGUUACGUUUAUUUGUAUCUACUCUAAGGUGGAAAUGUUAAACUGGGAUAGCUUCUGCUACCAACUCUCAACUGUUUGACUUUUAGAGCAGAAUAUUUGUUUUGGGGGGGAGGGAUUUUGUGCUUCAUCUGAGUUUAGAAGUAAUGUCAGAAAAUGUUAAGCAUGUCCUUUUUAAGAAAAUAUAAGGUUUCUGUCUUAUUACCAUGGUAAUUCAAGUGAAUUAGAAAUAUUUAACUGCAAUCUUGAAUUAUAAAGUUGGGGUGCACAUAUAUAUAUAUAUAUAUAUAUACUUAUAUAUAAGGAUCUCAACUUGAUGUAAAGUAAAUGAGCAGUUACCUGGCGGAUUUUUAUUUUUUAAUAACUGGUUUAAUCCAUAAUUCCAUAACAAACAGCUUCAUUUCAGUAUUUACUUUCUUUGUCCAUUCAACAAUAUUCCCAUAUGGAAGUGAUAGGAAAUAGCUGAGAAUUACUAAAAGGUUUUAUUUUACUUUUAUUGAUUAGAAGGUUUAUAGGAUCUUUGAAUGCUGGAUUUUUUUGUCUUACCCAUCCAUGGCAGCUAAAAAAAAAAAAUCAAAAUAUUCAGGUUUACAUGUUAGCUCUCUCAUAGGGAGUUGCCAUACCUCACAGUUCAAAGUGUAUUCUAUAGAUCAGUAACAUUAUACUGACAUGUAAUUGCAAUUUACUAUGCAGCAAAAAUGAUUCAAGAAAAAUAAUCUACAGUGUCUAUUUACCUUUGUACAGGCAAUUGCUUAAGUUAACUCUGCUUUUAACAUUUGUACUUGGAUAAAAUGCUUAUGUAUGUAUAGGAAUGUCACAGUGCAAGAUGCUGCUAGCCCAGGCACAAAGUAUUAAAAUUAUUUUGUGAAGACUGGUGGUUGUAUUAAAACUGUUGUGCCAUUAUACCUCAAAAAGA